AUGGACAUCACCACACUGUUUUUCUCCCGUCGGGAGGAAUCCCUUCUGUCCGGAGACUAUAACAGUUAUCGAGUCCAGACAACGCGAAGAUUGCACACAGUGCGGAAGAAGCUUGGCCGUACGACGCCCAAAGGCCGGAAGUACACUGCUCAUGCUCCAAUAUCUCCUGAGGAUGUGGCGUCCAAUCCAGAAUUUGCUCAUCUGUUGAUCCUCAGCGCCGAGCGGGGAUGGGCGCAAGCAAUGCACAUGAAGGCCACUCACUCGGCUGAUCCUUCAGCGAAAGGAGUCGUUGGGCCCACGCGACGGCAUAUCAUUACUAGACUCAACAAGGCCAGCAAACACGCAGAACGACUUGUAUCCCUCCUUCACGAGCAAUCUCUUUCGCAAGCAUCGGACAUAGAUCUUCUUGAAGCACAUGCCUAUCUGGCUCUAUUGUUGGGUACACUAUUCACAGAAAAACAGCGCUGGGAAGAAUGUCUUCGCCAUUUUAGCGUAGCAAGGAUUAUAUACACUGCCCUUGGCCAGAACGCAAAAAAAGAAGCAUUCCGCGACCUCGUCUCCGUUACGAUCGAUCCAUCUCUUCGCUAUGCGGCAUACCAGCUCCGACUUCCCCGCAGCAAACCUCUGCCAUCUCUCGCGAUUGAACAUUUCCCGCAUGAUGCAGAAAUCCGCGCCGAGCUAGAAAAAGUCGACCCGAACUGCUUGACGGAAGAUGUCGCGGGUACUACCAAGUUGGCAACUGGCGAGGUUCAACAGCUACCCGAAAGUAUCUCGUGGAGGUCACGCUCGGUUCCCAUUGAGGAUGCGUCUAUAGCGCAAGCGCUUGCUGCUGCUACGGCAGCGGAAACGAAGUUGUCUUCAUUCCUAUCGGAGCGACCAUCCGCAUCCAAUAAAGAAAAGUCCGCUGCCUACGACGCCGUCAUUUUGGCCAGCCAAGAAGCUGUCGAUGCCACCAAAACAGCAAUUGACGACCUUUCCAACGAAGGGGUUGAGCAGGGAGAUAGAAGAAUGCAGGCACUACAGGUUAUCAGAACGGUGGUGAACCACUCUCUCGUUGGGUGGAGAGUAGGUAGAAAUCGAGUUCUCACAGGGGACAGCGAUGGACUGUCUCUUGAGGCCGAGGAUGGGAAGCGCCAGUCUAGCAAGCGAUCGAACAAUGGUAAAUUUGUAUCCCAGCUUCGUGAGAGAGUAGCCUUGUACGAUUCCACAUUGCAAAGUCUCGAGUUUGUGCGGGAUCUUCCCGGUGUGGCCGGUGACUCGGAGUUUGUAGAGGAGUUGGAAACAAAACGCAGCUACUUCAGAUCAUUGCGUUGUCUUGCUAUUGGUCGAUCCCAUUCUUUACAGGGAAACGUGGAGAAUGGCCUCGCCUUAUUUUCACGCGCCACUGAGUUGGCCAAGGCCUUGCUUGCAAAGCAAAAGGGCGCCGCUACUCCUCCUGAAGGGCCCACUAAGCUGGAGAUCUCCGCCGGACAGAUUCAAGCUCUUCUUGUGACGUCCGAGGGUCUGGUAGCACAACACCGCGGCCUGGCAAGUCUCAACAAGCUUGCUGAAAAGAAGAGCGAUUCGGCAGGCUUUCAAGCACCCUUGAUACACCGGAUGGACGAAUACGCUGCCCACGACUUGGACCUGACCAACCUCGUAUCGUUUCCGCCAAAGAUGCAACCCAUUCCUACCAAACCCCUUUUCCUCGACGUGGCAUGGAACUAUAUACAAUAUCCCCAGGAGGGAAAGCAGCAGGGACAGGAGCAGGCUGCAGAAGGUCAAGGCGCCAAAGAGGAGGCAGGAGGCCGUCGCGGCUGGUUUGGUUUUGGGCGCUAG